GCCAGCUUCAUCAAAUGCUUCACAUAUCUAAUGAGCUUGACUGGCUGGUUUCAUACCGCAGCAAAACAUCCUCUAUAAUGGCGGUAUCGAUAGCAACCGAGCGGCAUUGACCGGCGAUUUCACCAGCAGCCAGCAAAAUAAAACAAAUUGCACGGCCUGGCUAGCUCUCUUGCUUUCUCCAUUGCUAGCUGGAAAACGCAAGUGGAAUAAUGUAUGUAACGAAUAAACUGCAAGGGUACCUGCCGGAACUAACGUUGGCUAACUAGCUUUAUUUCUUUGGAGUUCGUAGUGGUUGUUGCUACUGUUAGCUUGCUUGCUAACGUUAGCGCAUUCACUUGCGGAAAAUGGAAAGUGUGCGGAUAGUGGCUGGGGAGAGGAGCCGAUUGGAGGUGGAUUCCCUGUCAACGUCAGUCGGAAUAUUUGACUCAGAAAUUGGACAAAUAAGAACUGGCAGCAAGUUUUUAAAGGCCAGUGGUGAUGCACUCUUCCCCGCUGGAAAAAUAACUGCGACGGGGGAAGAUGAUGGCGGGGGCGGGGAGACAAAACUCUUGGGACUUGCUACCACCUCCCUACUUCACAUAGCGAUACGGAACGGGAUUUACCAAAACCAGGCUGCUAACGCCACCAGUAGUGCUGCCAAUCUCAACAUGACCACCGGUAAAACACCCAACAUCUACAGCCUCGUAUCGGUCAGCAGCACCAGCGUGAACUCGUUGUUGACCAGGAGACGGCGGCACAAGAGGAACCUCUCGGCCGCAGCUUCGACAACCUCAAGCCCACCCGCAGUCUCCUCCGUUGGGGGAGUGAGACCCACACUGUCCGCAUCGUCUGUCAACAACACACUGAGCCUGGAUAGAAAGACCUUGCUUCGGCAGAAGCAGGCGAAGCAGCUCCAGCCCAACGACAAGGCGUGGGUCCGAGCUGACCUCCAGCAGGGUUGUAUCCACGUCCAUGACCGACUCACGCCAUCCUACCCCCGGGCGGUACUAUGCACCGUGGACACCACCGCUGGGGAGAUAGCGGCUCGUCUGGGGCAGCUUGGAGGUAAAUGUGGAGGGAUACUAAGAAUGACUCGCAAAACAAGUGCUUAUGUUGACCUGAACGGUAACUGCAAUGGUAGCCAUGGGCAUAUUGACUACCAACUUGGUGUGAAUAAAAGUAACAAUGUGAAGACCUCCUACCCGGGUUCUGUGAUCUCCUACUCGGGGUCAGAGGAGAACCAACCAGUCUCUCCAAUCAAGCGGCUUCAUAGCAAUAACAACCAUGCUCAAUAUUACCUGGAAACAAAUAUAUUACUUUCUGACUACAAGAUACCAAGCACCUCUUCCUCUGAGGUUUAUCUAAAUGACAGUGAGGGUGCAGACAUGGGCCUGAGUGGGGCCGACAGUUGUGGACUGUACUCAGGCUCAGACAUGGAGAGUAGCACCUUUGAUUUGAGCCCCGGUGGUCCGCGGCCCAGCCAACACCGGAACUCCCUCAGUGAUGCUGCUGUCCUUGGGACAAACUCCUCAGUGCUCAGCCCAAACUUAGAUUCCGCCACGGAGGAAUUGGACCCGUUUGGGAGUUCCUCAGACGAGGUUGAGCUAGACCCUUCCCCGACACACACAGCCAGCAUCCCCACUGUCACUCAGCAACAGACCCUGGAGGGGAAGUCCAUGCACGUCCCCUCAACUGAUGCCUGCAAAGCUCCUGACAACAGGCUAUCAAAGUCAAACCAACUGGGAGACAAAACCGCUGCUGAUGAAGGUGGAAAAACAGGUAGCACUGGAGGAGAACCCAGACUGAUCAAUCCCCUGUCAAGCUGUGUCAGUAACUCACUGGCCCUACCUCUGACUGGCAGAGCAGCUGUUGAGCGGGACCUGGUCGUUUCAGGGGAGCUGAGAGGGGUCCCGGGCCCAGAGAAAGCCUCCCCAGCACCGGCCCUCUUCGCCCAGCUGCACGGUGGAGCUAUGAGGAGGCUGGAGGAUGAUGAGAAGCCUCUGCAGAUGCAGAAUGAGUACCUCUCUAAUCUGGGCUAUGGAGACCCGUGGCGGGUACAGGAAGAGGGUAUGGACCCAGAAAUAGGCUGUCUCAUACGCUUCUACGCAGGUAAGCCGCAGUGUGUGGGUGGAGCAGACCGGGUGCAGCUGAUGGGUGUGUUUAAUGUGAGGAAGGGUAAGCUGGCCCUGCCUGUUAACCGGUGGUCUCGACGACACGUCACCCUGAGUGGCACCUGUCUCAUCAUCUCUUCCAUCAAAUACGCUCACACCGGCAAGAUGCACAUCUUGCCCCUCAUCGGUGGAAAGGUGGAGGAGGUGAGGAGACACAGUCACUGUCUAGCCUUCAGUUCUUCUGGUCCCCAGAGUCAGACCUACUACAUCAGCUAUGACUCCUACACAGAACACCUCCGCUGGCACAGACAGGCUGCCAAGAUAGUGUCUCAGAGGGUGAGUUCUGUGGACCUGUCAUGUUGCAGUCUGGAGGAGCUGCCAUCUCAGCUGUUCUACAGCCAGGACCUGACCCACCUCAACCUCAAACACAACUAUCUGACGGGCCUCACACAUCUCACCAGAUUCUGCAGGUUGAGGAGCCUCAAUCUCUCCAACAACGCUCUGUCUGACUUCCCUCUGGCCGUGUGUGACAUCACCUCCCUGACAGAGCUCAACCUCCAAGGCAACCUUCUGACCUCUCUGCCCUCAGCACUGGGGACCAUGCACAACCUGCAGACCCUGCUUCUGGACGGUAACUCUCUGAACUCCCUGCCUGCUGAGCUGGGCUCUCUGGAGGCCCUGACCUACCUGGGCCUGUCCUUCAACCUGUUCAGCAGCGUACCUCCAGCCCUGGAGAGGCUCAGGGGGGUGGAGAGGCUCUGUCUGGCUGGGAAUCAGCUCUCCUCCCUGGACAUGGUCGGCCUGCAGUGGCUCCCCCACCGACACAUAGAUCUCAGGUUGAACAGGCUCCAGAGGGUGGUGGUUGGGGAGGCUGGCCUGCUGAGCCACGUGGCCCAGUUAGAUGUGCGGGAUGCUGGGUUGGAGGAGCUUGACGUCAGGACCCUAUCCAGGCUGGAGCUCCUACGCUGUGACAGAAACACACUCACACUCCUUCGAGUCAGCGGCCUAGCACUCAAGGGCCUGCACACAGCACAAAACGAGCUUAGAGCGCUGGAUAUAUUUCCUGUUCCAGAGAGCCUCACUGUUGUGGACGUGUCCAGGAACCAUCUGGACUGUGUGCCUGACUGGGUGUGUGAGAGCAGCCGACUUGAGGUCCUAGACAUCAGCCACAACAACAUCAAAGAGCUACCCAUACGGUUAUUCUGCAGUGCUAGUCUUCGUAAAGUGCUGGUGGGAUGUAACAGUCUGCGUAGACUACCUGAGCGGCUGGAGAAAUCUCAGCUAGAGGUUCUAGAUGUACAACACAACCUACUAACUGAGCUACCGCACAACCUCUUCAUUAAGGCCCAGAGCUUGCGCUACCUGAACGCAUCAGCCAAUAAGCUGGAGUGCCUCCCUCCAGCCAGCCUAUCAGAGGAGGGCUUCAGCAGCCUGCAGGAGCUGUAUCUGACCAAUAACAGUCUGACGGACAAGAGUGUCCCUCUGCUGACUGGUCACGCCCACCUCAGGGUGCUGCACCUGGCCUACAACCAGCUACAGACCUUCCCAGCCAGUAAGAUGGCUCGGUUGGAGCAGCUGGAGGAACUGGACCUCAGUGGGAACAGGCUGAGAGCGGUGCCCACCACAAUCCUGAGCUGCAGGCACAUGCACACACUCUCUGCCCACUCCAACAACAUCACUGUCUUCCCUGAGGUCCUCCAGCUUCAAGACAUGAAGUGUGUGGAUCUGAGCUGUAAUGAGUUGUGUGAGGUAGUCCUCCCAGAGUCUCUGCCUGCUAAACUACAGGAGCUAGACCUGACAGGCAACCCUCGCCUCAACCUGGACCACCGGAGCCUCGAACUGCUCAAUAACAUUAAGUGUUUCCGUGUGGACCCAUCGCCCUCCUCUUUGUGUGGCAGUGAGGGGCCCGGGGAGCCUGCAGUCUGGAGCCACGGAUACACAGAGGCCUCUGGGGUCAACAACAAGCUGUGUGUAGCAGCCCUGGCGUUGGACAGUUUCCGUGGAAGCAGGGAGGCUCUGUACGGGGUGUUUGACGGAGACCGGAACGUUGAGGUGCCCUACCUGCUGCAAUGCACCAUGGGAGACGUGCUGGCCGAGGAACUGCACAAGAGCAAGAACCAAGAGGACUAUAUGACCAACACCUUCCUCACCAUGCAGAGGAAGUUGGGCACGGCAGGACAGAGGCUGGGAGGGUCCGCGGCCCUCUGCCACAUCCGUCAUGGCCUCGUUGCCCCAAGCGACCGUGGCGGCGGGGGCUGUUUCACGGUGACAGCGGCUAACGUGGGAAGGUGUCAAGCAGUUCUGUGUCGUGAUGGCAAGGCCCUCCCUCUCUCCACCACACACACCGUCAGACAGCAGUCAGAGUACCAAAGAGCACGCCAACACCAUGCUAUCAUCACAGAGGACAACAAAGUGAACGGAGUGACGGACUCCACCAGGAUCAUGGGCUACUCCUUCCUGUGUCCCGCCGUGACCCCACAACCCCACGUCUCCACGGUAACCCUCACCCCGCAGGAUGAGUUCUUCAUCCUGGCCAGCCGGGGCUUGUGGGAUACCAUGUCCACCUGCGAGGCAGUGGAGGCAGUGCGUAAUGUCCCAGACUCCCUAGCAGCAGCCAAGAAGCUGUGUACGCUGGCGCAGGGCUACGGCUGUCCUGACAGUCUGUGUGCUGUGGUGGUGCAGCUGAGUAUCACUGAAGAAUGCUGCUGCUGUGAGCCCCCACCACCCCCACCCAGCCCCGGCCUGGAAACCCAACACACCCACACUGCUGGUAACACACACCACCACCCCGGCUACGGCUCAGCAGAUGGAACUCUACCAUUACCGCCUCCGGCGAUGGGGACGGGAAGUGAGGUCAGCAGUGAGGUCAGCACGUCGGAGAUGAGCAGUGAGGUGGGGUCGACGGCGUCGUCGGACGAGCCAGCCAAUCAGAUGGAGAAGGGCGUGGUCCUAGGGGGUCGCGGGGGGGUGCUGGGGCGGGGAGUGGGGGUGUAUGGAGGUGGAAGAGCAUCGUUUCAGAGGCAGUACUCGGGGGCUCUGUCUGACAAUGGGCUGGACAGUGAGGAUGAGGAGCCUAUAGCUGGAGUGUUCUCUAAUGGGAGCAGAGUGGAGGUAGAGGCUGACAUACACUGUCUGAGAGCACGGGCCAGCUCUAUACCAAUACCCCACACACACCCUGACCCACACCCCGACCCGCACAUACACCCCAGCCCUGACCCGCACACACACCCCAACCCUGACCCCCACACACACCCUAACACCUCUGUCACACAGCAGCCUGAGCCUUUACCUCCACCCUCCUGCCAGUCAGCCCCCACCCCACCCUCGUCACCCCCUCAUCCGUUUCCUUACUAUCAGCCCAGCCCUGACCCUGAGACUAGCCCUGACCCUGUAGUAGAAGAGGAGCUGAGGGCUGUAGAGACAGACACUGUAACACCCAAACACACUGUUCAGGAACAGGAGGUGGGGCCUGGAGAGACUGGAGCAGGGUUGUGUGUGAUUGGUGGAGAGGCGCAGUUAGGUGCGGGCUCAGGCUCUAGCUCGGCCAGUAGGACUCUGGGUGGGACUCUGGGGCGUAAGGGGCGGGGUAAUGGCUCGGUGGCGUGUCAGGGGCAGAGCCAGGAUGUGAUAGAGGAGGUGGGCGACGCUCCCGUCAGGAAGCAAGGAGGUUACUUCAACGCUCCGGCCCAGCCGGACCCUGACGACAAGCUCGUCAUUCCUCCCGAGCUGGAGGAGGAGAUCCGGGAGAUCAUGAAACAACAACAGGAGCAGAGUCAGACACACCCCCAGGGCCACCAGACACACCCCCAGUCACCGCCUGCAGCAGAAUACUACGUCACGCCCUUCUAGCUCACCAGACCGUUCUGUUACAACCCCUUCACAGCACAUUAGACCGCACCUGUGAAGAAUCCCUGCUACGCCGAUUUCUAGAAUGUCUGGAGAUGAGUUCCUGUAUGGGUGUGUCCCAAAUGACACGCUGUUCAAUAUCCUAAUGAAUGGGAUCAGAGGUUGAGGAGUUACGGGGGAAACAUGCACAGUCCCUCCCGAAACACACCGACCCUCCUGAAGAUGCCUCAUACCUGCUAAUGGCCAGCAAUACUUGUUUUAUUAUGUUAUCAUUUUAUAUUCCUAACUAUAUGACCCCAGGAAAUACAAGGCAUUUUUAUAAACACAGGCUUUAUUUACUUGCUUCACAAUGUUCAAGUUAAUUAAUUAAUUUUUUAUCAUAUUUUGUGAUGAAUGAAGGAAUUGAUUAAGCACUUUUUUUAUGCAGAGACUUUUAUUUGAACUAAUUAUAAAGCUGGAUGAUACAUUCUGCUAGACUGACUGAACUAUUAUAAAGCUGAAUGAUAUAUUCUGCUAGACUGACUGAACUAUUAUAAAGCUGAAUGAUACAUUCUGUUAGACUGACUGAACUAUUAUAAAGCU